AUGUCUGGGACUAAAGACGAUUCACCGUUGCCUGGCUGCUCAGAGCAGCACAGCCAAGAUAAUCGUCAAACAUCAGCUGUUGCAGAAGCCAUUGAACAAAUACCAAAGAAAAAGAAGAGGGUGGGUUUUAACAGUGUAACGGUCUAUUACUUUGACAGGGAGCAAGGUAGCACUUGCAUACCGUCUAAUGGAGGUUGCACUUUGGGUAUGAGUGCCCAUCACUCGGAGGCUGUGAUGUUUUCGAUUGAUGAACACGCCAUCGAAAGUUACAGGCUAGAUGGAACACAACAAUCAAAGAAUGCUAAAACUUACAAGCCUUACGAAGUGAAACAAAGACGAUCCAUUUUGAAAAUGGCAGGAGUGCAAGUCAACCCUGGGGAAGAAGUCGAAUGUAAUUCCAUCAGAGAUUCUAGAGACAAUUGUGGCUGCGAUUGCCAGGACUUUUGUGACCCAGACACGUGCUCUUGCAUCCAGAGUGGUAUCAAUUGCCAGGUGGAUUAUCCAAAUUUCCCCUGCUCUUGUUCAAAAGAAAACUGCCAAAAUCCCGCAGGUAGACUCGAAUCUGAUCACGAUGACAUACGGGCACAGGUAUGCCAUACUCUCAAGGGAAUGAAGAAGAACGAUAACUAA